AUGAGUAUUGAUAUCAUCAUUCUUGAUGAAUUUUUAAAUAAUAUACGACAAGAAUUACAGAAAAAUCAAACACUUUCUCAUCUAACAAUUGAAAAACUACUUUCAAUUCGAAUUCCAAAGAAUCAUACAGAAAAUAGCUUCAAUAUAGACGUCGAACAAAAUUUGCUUGAUAUCUUUGUUGAGAUAUUAAUAAAAAAUCCUGGUUAUUGUUUAAAUCAAUCAAUUGUUGAUAGGCUAGAAAUAGCUCUUUUAUCCAAAAAGAUCAAUAAAAAUAUUCUAGAUGCAUAUAAGGAAGUUAUCAAACGUACACAAUGUCAAACAAAUAAUUUUUCUCGUGUAUUAGACGUUUUCAUAGAUAUUUUAGAUGAGAACGGUAGCUAUUUUAAAUAUCAUUUCGACAUACUUGUAUGUCUUGCUUUGGCAUCUGAAGCUACAACAAUUUCAACAUUAGAACCUUUCGAAAUUAAUCUUUUCAGUGAUGAAGGUAUAAUUCGUAGCUGGUCAUUUCGAGGAUUAAGAGCAGCUUAUGAAAGAAAAUAUCAAUCUUUAGAAUUUCAAGAAUGGUGUGAUAAUAUUAUUGAUAAACUAGUAGAAAAUACUAAAUCCGAAGUUCACUUUAAUUUAGACUUAUUCGAAACUAUCACUUCAGUGAAAUAUAUCGACUUUGAGAAAAUUCGUGAUAAGUCACAAGAUCAGUGGAAUAGAGAACUGUUAAUAUUCGAUUUAAUAGAAAGAUUCAAAAUAAGUGAAGGAGAACGUUUUCAUUUUUAUAAAACUUGGCUUGAAAUUGAAGAACUUGAAGAAUUUCAGAAUGACAAAAGUAACAUAUUAUUGAAGUUAUUACAUCGUAUUCUAUUGAAUAAUAAAAUGUCGUUUAAUGAAUUUUAUGACGGAAUAAAAAUUUUAAAUAGAAUUGAUUUUGAAAAUGCAUAUGAAAUCUUAUCAAAUAGUCGGAAUCCUUGUCUAGAUUUACAGAAAAGAUGUCUAACAAAAUUGCUCGAUCAACGCUUAUCGAAAAAAGAAGACAUCAAUAGUAAAUAUAUUGAUGAUCUAGCAUCGAAUAUGAUAUCUAAAUUUGGCUUAAACAUUAGUUAUAAACUUUUUGAUGCCUUAGAAAAUAUCGAUAGUUUAAGAGAAUUUGAAAAUAUUUUGAAUUUUGCUCAAGAAAACAAUAUCGAAAUAUCUGAUAUCUAUGUUAAAGAAACAACAAUUUCAAUAUUAAAGAGAUCUUUAGAAAUAAAAUUCUUAGGCAAGAAAAUAGUUAAAACUGAUCGUUUGAAAUUAGCUCUUAAUAUUGAUAAUUUAUUAGGUAAAAAUUGGAAUUUUGAACAAUUAAAUGAAAUUUUUAGUAAACUUAAAAUCUCUGAUAACGUAGAGAAAAGAGUAAAAGAAGAAAAUUUUCUGUAUGUUUUAGAAAUAUUGUCGCAAUAUAAAAUUUCUCCUACGCCAGAAAAUCAAGAAAAAGUUUUAUUAGCUCUAAACAAACCACCUGAGAAAUGGUUGCGAGAAGUCAAUAGACUUACAGUUGAAAGUAAUUUUUCCAAAAUACGUGAAAUAAGAAGUGCAGCAGGAUUAAUAGAAGAAUUAGGAAAUAUCAAUUCUAAUGAUGAAGAUUUGAAAAAUUUCAUGAGGAUACAUUUGCUGGAGAUCAUAGAAAAAAUCAAAAGUUCUGAUUUAAUUUCUCGAGUAUUAGACAAUACUAUCAAAGAUCAGUCAAUUUACAUCGCUCAAUGGACAGAAGAACAAAUACGACAGUGGGCACAUAUAGUAAAAGAGAAUGUCGAUUACUGGACUAAGAUAAAUGAUUUUACUAUUGAAGCUCUAGCAGUUAUAAAGCAAGCGAAUUUCUUACAUACUAAAUUUCAUCUAACCGAUGCUCAGAUUUUAAGUUGUUUAAUUUCUUUAAAUGCAAAUGUUGAUAAAGGAAGAUUACUACAAAUAGGAACUGGUGAAGGUAAAUCAACGAUUAUAAGUGUAUUAGCAGUAAUUCAUGCUUUAAAAGGCAAGAAAGUAGAUAUCAUUACGAGUUCACCAGUACUUGCAGAAAGAGAUGCGAAAGAAAAAGAAAAAUUCUAUAAUAUGUUUAACCUUCAAUGUAGUGAUAACAACGAUAAGUCACUUUAUUUGGCAGGUCCUAAAAAAUGUUAUAGAAAGGAGAUCGUUUAUGGUGAAGCAACACAAUUUCAAUUUGAUACUUUGAGAACAGAAUAUGC